ACGACUUCGGCGAGGAUAUGGGCUUUUGAAAGAUAUAGACUAUCCAGUAACGUUUCAUAAAUCGCACGAAUAUCCAUACAGUCAAAGAUCCAGCCAAAAAUGUCCACGAUCCCUCACCCCAAGCUUUCCGACAAGCCAGAGACCGACUACAUGCUCUUCCACACCGCGCUCAAAGCUGGUCAGACCAUGUCUCUGGUCUCUCCCCCGCUCAUCGCUGCCUACCACCUCAUCCGUCGGAAACCUAUCUCCAUACGAUCGUUCUUCUGGCGACUGAACCUGUUGGCCAUCGGUGGAACGGCUGUCAGCGUUCCGAUCGGGGCUUAUAUGUUGAAGGACGAAUCUCAGGUGGCGAUGGCUGGUAAAAGGGAGAGACUGUCGCACAACCCUACCCAAAUCCGCACCGACGACUACUCGCUCAUCGGAUUUACGCUCGGAGCCCUGAUCACUCCUACGCUCCUGCUGAAGCGAGCUCCCUUGCCCUUGUUGCUCUUGGGUGGUGGAUGGCUCGGUAUGGGAAGCGGGAUCUUGACGCAUCUCUACAAAUCGUGGUCGGACGGCUAUGCCGUCAAACCUGAUCUCUCGGGGAUGAUCGAAGACUUGGAGAGGCUGCCUAGUGAAGCCAAGAGGGACGUCAAGGUUGCGCUCGAGAAGCGGAGUUGAGAAUCCACAACGGGAAAACGCAUGAUUGUAGUCAACUGUAUCUUUCCAGCAUCAAAUUUGUUAUGAACCGUGCCACUGACGGCCCGAGCGUUUUAUAUGCCAUGAGA